AUGUUGUGCUUGCGAGCAAUUUUCGUGAUUCUGCUGCUGCUCGUCGCAACUGCACACGCCGGAACGUGGCUCUCCUUCAGUUAGUCCAAUUUUACUCAUCUUUCUCAUUUAUGAAUAUUUCCAAAAAGAAUUUCUCGAUUUUAAAAACUUCUCGAUUUUCUGGUGGAAAUUUCUGGGACUGUGUUGAAUGCUGUGUAGAUUGGAAGUAACACCGUGAAAUUAAAAUAGCCGUCAGAGUAUGUAAAAGAUAACUAAAAUUUAGACAGUCCGAGAUAAUUUUGUAUUUCGCUAGAUUUAAUUUGAAUGCGGCAUAAGAGACUAUUCAGACUGUUUUAUGCAGAUCUUAUUUAAUCGAUUGAGAGUCUGAAUAGGGAAUCGAUAAAAAAAGAAACCGUUGCAGACGACUUCAAAGACGACUCGCUGGGUGAGCCGAGCCGUCGGUUAGGCGACGUCGUCACCUACUGCAAAGAAACAGUCUGUUUUUCCUUUACAUCAAAUUAAUAUUGAAAAUAUCAUUCUAAUAAUGAUAUUCAUUUCAUUCACAAGAGGAAAUAGUCAUUGAAUCAAUAAAGAUCCCUCAAUCUUCAUCAUAAACUUAAUGAUAAACUUAAUCUUCUAGCCAGACUAAAAAAAGGAAAGAGAGGGCUGGAUGAGGCUGGAAAAAAGUUUCCGAUUUUUUCAAAUCUACACUCAAUAUUGGUAUAUGAAACAUCGGAAGCAAUGUUCAAACUAAAAAGCUUUGAGAUAUUGAAACCUUUUGAAAGGUUGGAAUAGCUUGAUGGUUUCAUUAUAACUUACUAGGCGAUUAAUUUUAAAAGGAGUCACGGAAACAAAAAUAUAUGUUUAGAAGGCAUAUUAACCAUAAUUUCUUCAGGUAAAUGUUUUUUGAAAUCUAUAGUCUAUAUAGACUAUAGAAUUAAAAAUUAAAAGGAUCAGAUCUUUGCCUGGCCAAUCUAAAUUCAAUUCGCGUCUUUUUUUCUUCUCUUCACUUUUUUUCAUAAGUUAACACGAAUUCUGAAUGAAAUUCAUUCAACACUUGCUGGAUAAGUUUUUUUUAAAGGCAUAAUCAGAUUCAGCAAAGGUCCUGCGACGGCAUUUCAGUUUUAACCUAAGCAAAAAAAAUCGAAAACGUUUAACAAACUAUUCAAUUUUUCUGGAAAAUAAUAACCAACCAUCUUUCGAUUGAAUUUUGACUUUAAAAUUUUCAGCAAAAACGACUGGCGAAACGACGUUUCCUUGGCGAAAGAGUGACGAGAGCGCAGCACGAGAACGACGCAAUCUGCAGAUUGUUAUUGAAAAUGGUUGGAAAAUUAUCAUUAAGGAUAUAAUCGAGAAAACAUUCAGGGACGAUGA